AUGAGGCGAUGGGCCCUGGCGUUGGCCCUGAUUUGUUUGGUGGCCCUUUUUGAGCGUGGUUUCGCGCAAAAUUCGGUAUCGACCACGGAGACUACCACGACGGACGGAAGCACAACAGGCUCCGUCGCGACUUCCCCUUCCACGUCGUCUGGCGAUGAUGCGACAACAGGGACGUCGAUUUCGGGCGUUUCAUCGGACACGACGGUGACGGGCGGAAGCACGGCAAGCGGCACUUCCGGGUCCCCCGUUUCAUCAGCUUCUACAUCAUCCCCUGGCUCCACUGCUUCACCACAGUCGUCAGCUUCAUCAAAAUCUACGCCGUCCGCGGGGUCCCCGCAGACAGGUGGGACAUCAAAUCCGACAAGUCCCGGAUCGACGGUCACCACCCAAGCACCCACGACGCAGCCGCUGGACGUGACUCAAGUCCUCUGGACGGUUCCGCUCGACGACACCGAUCCGACGACGCUGUUGCAGCAGAUUGCCGCCCUGAACGCCACGGUGAUGGGGCUGAAACAAAAGAUCACGACACUGUUCGACAAUGUGAACGGCCAGAACAACAGUCUGAUCGACCAGCUGAACGCGUACAACGUGACGAUUCAAAAUAUUGCGCUCGACAGUGACGCCUUGAUGAAGGAGAUCAACGACUCCAAAACGGAGUUUGCGGCCAGCAACAGCUUUGCCGCAACGGUACUUGGUCAAAUCAAAUGUAUGCGUGCCAGCCCUUGCGCGUCCCCGCCCACUCCAACGGCGACGCUUUGUAUCGGGGACGUGACGGCGAACAGCAACGUCAGCAGCUUCAGUUAUAGCAGCAACAUGCCAUUUAACUGCAGUACUACGGUCAGCUCGCCAGCCGAUCCACUAUAUUUCGGAAUUUCCUAUAACAAAACGGACACCUUGAAGGUCAAGCUGCUCGACGCCCGCACCAACCAGGACCUCGCCAACGUCCCGAUGGAUGGCACGCAGGUCAAGCUCAACACCACCGCUGUCGAUGUGUAUUAUUGGGAUACGGCCCCGAUUGAUGCCCUAAAUAUUACCGUCAUUUAUUCGACAUACAAUCUUUGCACCGACGUUGUAUGCAAAAAUAACGGGACGUGCUAUGUGGACAGCGGUAGUGCCCACUGUAAAUGUGCCACAUGCUAUUCGGGUGCACAAUGUGAAACGCCGACGGAUCCAUGUACUGGCAGCCAAGUCACACGAAACUGCCCAAAAGUUACUGGACAACAACAGUGCGUUCUGGAUCAAUCAGGCGAUACUUGUGACUGGAUGUGCAAAUGUGAAGGCGACUACACAAAUCCACCUGACAACAAGAAGAAAUGCGAAAAGAAGCCGCCGGCACGGUGGUUCCAAUGGACGCCAUUUGGCGGUGAGAUCAAGGCCCCUAUUGCCGCCUGGUAU